AUGAGAAGGUUAAUCUCUUCUUCAGCGCAAGAGAUUGUAGGAAACCAUGACUUACUCACUCAAAUUCUUAUUCGCCUGCCUCAUAGAGAUCUCAUAACCUUUAAACUUGUCUCCAAGCAGUGGCGCUAUCUCAUCUCCGCCCUCGACUUCCGCCGCUGCCAUGCCACCGUAAAAAGAAGAGUCUCCGGUUUGUUCCUAUAUCACUUCACCAAUCCUAUAAAUUACGGAUUCAAAUUCUUCUCCUUCGACACCUCAUCUUCAUCUUCCUGCCUCCCCGAAAUCUCCGAUAUACAUUCUUGGCAGAUAUUACAAUCUUGUAAUGGCUUGAUGCUUGUUCGCAAAUCGAAAGACAUGUUUAUCUAUAAUCCUACCACUGGAGACAGAAAAAUCUUGCCCUCACCCUUUCCAUCGUUUCAUGAAACACGUUUCGCGCAUUACUCUUUGGCUUUUGAUCCCUUGCGAUUUUUUGGUUAUAAGUUGAUCUACAUUCUCCAUGGCGGAUAUUCAAAGGAAGACUGCUACCAAAUCAUGAUUUAUUCUUCGGAAUCCGGAGUCUGGAAUCUGUGCGGAUUUUCCUUCUGGACUCCCUUGGAGAUGAUGGAUUUUGAACAUGGAACCUAUUUCAAAGAUUCAGUUUAUUGGAUUGGCAACAGAAGUAAAAUGAUGCUGCGUUUUGAUCUGAAGGAAGAGUGCGUGAAGGAUGACAUGCCUCCCUUGCCGGCAGAGCCUCAUCAUUAUUAUGAAUACUGUCUUGCUUCUGCAUGCGGUUAUAUGAAUUUGGUUGGAUUUGGUGACUCUGAGUUGUGUGUAAGCGUCUUCCGAUUCAAGGAAGAUUACUCAUCAAGGUGGGUACUCAUGCACAAUGUUGAACUUCAAUUUACACCUUUAGUUAUUCGUGAAAACGGAAGUAUACGGCGCGCAUACAGUAUAAUCUAUCUUAUUGAAGAUGAUGAAGAUGAAAUGGCUUUGUUGGUGCAGACACAGGACAAAGUUAGUGCUCUGCGGUUAAAAGAUAAUACCUAUCACCAUAUGUUUGACUUACCAAAAGUAAGAUCAACAUAUUUGCAUUAUUCUUUCCCACGGAGAGUUAUGGGGUGGUACAGAGCCUUUGAGUACAUUGAGAGCUUAGCUUGUGUUUAG